AUGGGAGGAGAGAAGGACCUAGAGACGAACAGCCUGCCUCAGCAGGAGGACAGCAUCCGCGUCAUCUGCCGCUUCAGGCCUCUCAACAAGUCAGAGGAGGCCGCUGGCAGCAAGUACAUCGCAACCUUCCCCUCCAAGAAGGGACAGGACGACCCUACCGUCAGUCUUGGCCUCGAGGGCCUGCAAGACAGCCGCUGGUCUGGCGCCCCUAGUAUUGAUUCUAACCGCUGCUGCUGCUGCCACCACGCAGAUGUGCUGGGCGGCUAUAACGGUACCAUCUUCGCGUACGGCCAGACCUCGUCAGGCAAGACCCACACCAUGGAGGGCAAACUCGGCGACGUCGCACUCCAAGGCAUCAUCCCGAGGAUCGUACACGACAUCUUCAACCACAUCUACAACAUGGAGGAGUCGCUGGAGUUCCACAUCAAGGUCUCCUACUUCGAGAUCUACAUGGACAAAAUCCGCGACUUGUUGGACAUCUCGAAGGUUAACCUGUCGGUGCACGAGGACAAGAACCGGGUGCCCUUCGUGAAGGGCGCGACGGAGCGGUUCGUGUCUUCCCCUGAGGAGGUCUUCGAGGUCAUCGAGCUGGGCAAGAACAACCGACACAUCGCUGUCACUAACAUGAACGAGCACAGCUCUCGGUCUCACAGCGUCUUCCUGAUCCAAGUCAAGCAAGAGAACAUCGAGACGCAAAAGAAACUCGUAGGCAAACUUUACCUCGUCGACUUGGCCGGCUCGGAAAAAGUGAGCAAGACUGGGGCGGAGGGGACUGUGCUGGACGAGGCGAAGAACAUCAACAAGUCCUUGUCGGCGCUCGGUAACGUCAUCGCCGCGCUCGCCGAUGCCAAGGGCCACGUGCCGUACAGGGACUCGAAGCUGACGCGUAUCCUGCAGGAGUCGCUGGGAGGGAACGCCCGCACCACCAUCGUCAUCUGCUGCUCCCCGGCCUCCUACAACGAGGCCGAGACGCGAUCCACUCUCGACUUCGGUAAACGCGCCAAGACCAUCAAGAACUGCGUGCAGGUCAACGAGGAGCUCACCGCUGAGGAGUGGAAGCGACGAUGGUCCAAAGAGAGGGAGAAGGUAACGAAACUGAAGAGCCAACUGGAGGUGAUGGAGGCCGAGCUGUACCGCUGGAGACGUGGCGAGAAGGUGGAGACCAGGGAACAGGUCGCCAUCGAAAUGGAGCGCUCCAUGGUCGAGAACCCGCAAAAAGACUUGGCGGACAACCGCCUGAGCGUGAGCGAGGCUCUGGCGGAGGUGGGGCCUGUGGCGGCGAAUGUGAAGGCCGCGUGGGAGCGCAACUUGGCCGCCCUCUACGCUCAGAUGGACGAGAAGGACGAAGAGAUCAACCAGCACAGCCAGAUGGUCGAGAAACUCAAGGAGCAGAUGAUGGAACAGGAGGAGCUGAUCGGCAGCACGCGGCGGGACUACGAGGUGCUGCAGUCCGAGAUGACGCGCAUCCAGGCCGAGAACGACGCCGCCAAGGAUGAGGUCAAGGAGGUCCUCCAGGCGCUCGAGGAGCUCGCUCUCAACUACGACCAGAAGAGCCAGGAGGUCGAGAUCAAGUGUAAAGAAAAUGAAUCUCUCAGUGAUGAGCUCUCGCAGAAACUCGGCAACCUGUCGGAGAUGAACGCAGAGCUGCAGCAGAUGAGGGAGUCGACGAGUGCCAGCAAGCGCCGCAUCACCGAGAUGCUCACGAAGCUGCUGGCCGACCUGGGCGAGGUGGGCUCUGUCAUCGGCGGCUCGGCCACAGACACCAACUCCCUCAACGCGACAGACCCGACCAAGAUAGAGGAGGAGUUUACCGUGGCGCGCCUCUACGUCUCGAAGAUGAAGAGCGAAGUGCGCAACCUGGUCCAGCGCUGCUCUACGCUCGAGAACUUCCAGGGAGACUGCAAUAAGAAGCUGGACGACUACGAGCGCGAGGUGAGCGAGUGUCGUCUGCUGAUCUCGCAGCACCAGGCCAAGAUGGCGUCCCUGCAAGACGCCCUCAAAUCCAACGAAGACCAAAAAAGGACACUUGAGGAGCAGGUGGAUGAGCUGAACGCUGAAGCAGCAGAACUGAAGGCGGCCGUUGAGCUGAGUGCAGCGGCGGGCGGUGUAGGCAACGCUGAGCUCUUCGAGAAGAAGCUGGAGAGUCAGCGCGAGGCUCACCAUAAGCAGCUCGUUCAGCUCAGGGAGGACAUCGCUGACAAGCAGCACAAGAUCGACCAACUCAAGGAUGAGAACCAACAGCUGAGUCUGGAGCUGCGUCAGCUCCGCGCUGAGUACGAUCGACUGCGAGCUGAGGAAGCUGAGAAGACGGCUAAGCUGCAUGACCUCAUGCUGCAGAGCGAGAGACGUGAACAGGCCCACCACGACCUGAAGGGUCUAGAAGACACCGUACAGCGCGAGCUGCAGACCCUGCACAACCUCAGGAAGGCCUUCGUGGCAGACCUUCUCACCAGGAUGAAGAAGCAAGCCAGCGGGGAUGAGGACGACAUGUCGCUAGGAACACCGGCCCAGCGUCAGAAGAUCAACUUCCUGGAGAACAACCUGGACCAGCUCACGAAGGUCCACAAGCAGCUGGUGCGCGACAACGCUGAACUGCGCUGCGAGCUGCCCAAGCUCGAGAAGCGUCUGCGCGCUACGGCGGAGCGCGUCAAGGCGCUGGAGACGGCGCUGAAGGAGGCGAAGGAGGGAGCGAUGCGGGACAGGAAGCGCUACCAGUACGAGGUGGACCGUAUCAAGGAGGCCGUGCGCCAGAAGAACCUCAGCCGCCGGGGCCACGGCGCCCACAUCGCGAAGCCCAUCCGCGCGGGCAGCGGCCCGGCGAGCCUCCUGUCGCGGCCCGGGGCGCUGGGCGGCAUGGCGGCCUCAGUGCCUGCGCCCCCCACACUGCUCACAAUGAGCUAAGCUGCCGGCUUAGCAAGCAUCUGUGGCGACUGAGAAGGCUUGAUCUUCGUACGUCUGCAGGCAGUUUGAUAUUUCCUUCUGUACAGCAAACUUCAUCCUGAGCCUCAUUCGCUAUUCGGCUCUUUAGAUUUAAAUUGAAUUUUAAUAAUUUAUUUGAUGAUAAUUA